AUGUCAUCACAGAUUGGCUCAAAAUCUCUCCCUGAAGAACUCAUACCCGACAUCCUACUCAGACUACCCAUCAAAUCCCUCAUCAGAUUCACCUCUGUCUGUAAACCUUGGAUGUCCACCAUCAAAGACCCAAAAUUUAUCCGCAAUUUCAGUGAGCAAAAUGCCACCCACCUCAUUCUCCUCCACACUGUUCACAGUCACCGCUACUGGACUGGAACUGAACGAAGAGCUGAAAUCCAUGGGUUCAAAGAAGACUCUUACUCUCUGCUUCAUGAUGACACUGCUGUUUCUGAGUAUUGCAAGAUUGAGUUUCCAGUUGCUCUUAAUGAAGAAUUGAUCAAUCCGUGUUUUCGUGUGGUGGGUACUUGUAAUGGGUUGGUUUUGCUUGAUGAUGAUUUGGGGUAUUAUGGUUACACCUUUGUUAUAUGGAAUCCUAGUAUUAGAAAGUAUGUGACCCUUCCCAAGCCCAGUGUGAGGUUUGAGACGCACGGUAGAUAUAAUGCUUCACUUGGUUUGGGUUAUGAUGCUAUUGGUAAUGACUAUAAGGUUGUGAGACUGACUGAUCAUGUCCACAACUAUUAUGAUUGCCGGACUUUUGGUCAGGUAUAUUCGCUGGCCAAGGGAUCUUGGAGCAUGAUCAGUCAGUUUCCUCGUUUUUUGUGCCUGAUUCCUUUGUCCAUGUUUUUGUCAACGGGGCACUUCACUGGCUGGCUGGGAAUUGGAUAG